CCACACCAUCACAAUCCACCCUACGCCACUUUACGUUCCCUAUCACCGCUUCCGCAAUCCAAACCCCUUCCACACCACCGCACAACCAGUCCAACAGACACAAUGGGCAAGGACGGCUUCUCAGACGGUGAUAGCAAGAAGGGUGCCAACCUUUUCAAGACACGAUGCGCACAAUGCCAUAACUUGAAGGAGGGCGAGGGCAACAAGAUUGGACCAAACCUCCACGGUCUUUUCGGUCGACAGACUGGUCAGGUCGAGGGUUUCUCAUACUCAGACGCAAACAAGCAAAAGGGCAUUACAUGGGACGAGGGCACACUGUUUGAAUACCUCGAGAACCCAAAGAAGUACAUCCCCGGCACCAAGAUGGCUUUCGGUGGUUUGAAGAAGCCCAAGGACCGAAAUGACCUGAUCACCUUCCUCCGGGACGAGACGAAGUAAAGAAGAGACGGCAGUAAUGAGAGGUGGUGAUGGCCCCAACGCGGCAUCGUCGGCCGGCCGCCGACAUACCUUGUACCACUACCUAUACACGAACCUAGAUUCCGGGGCUGAGCUUGCGAUGGCGUACGAUGCGCCAUGGGAUCCACGAGCUACGAAUGGUUCGCUUCUGUUUUAUAUCACGUUCUUGCAUUAGGGAUUUCGGGUCCAUGACGACCUUGAGUGUAUCAGAUCUUCUCUCUUCUGCCUUUUUCUCUUUCUCACGCGAACAGCAUGUGAUGGUAUAAGAGGCCAGGUUGAGGCCAUACUGACCGAGACAUUAGACUGAGUGACAGUUCCGUCUCGGCAAUAUCAUAUCGGAGGACUGAAGGAUGUCAAGAGACAUAAUCUGAACAUUAUUGGCAUCUUUGGGAAGCGCGACAUGCGACUCCAAGAGCUUGGAACAGCUUUCAAGCAGAAUCGGAUUAAAACCUCAAUUGAUGGCGACAAUAUAAGAAAGUCCCACAACAGGCCGACCCUACUUGUCUCGACCUACAACAAGUGCCAGGCGAGAUUUUUGUAGCAUGGCUUCAGCUCGGGGACGGAAGGGCAUCUAAACUCCAUUGAGUGAAGGAUCUGAUUCAUUCAACCUGGCAUGCUCUCGUUCUGCGAGAGUGGUUGAGAUAACGUGGGUAGGAUUGAGCUCUUCGACGCUCCCGCCGCACAGAUGAGAUAUUUCCGUGCCCUCGAAGUCGGAAAUGAGGCAACGACAGAGUUGUUGGGUAUGGAAGUCGAGAGCUGCUUCCGUCUUGCCUAGGAAGUAUAGCAGUCUGCGGAAUUGAGCAAUGUCUUUCACCAGCCUUCGCUGCAUACCCAAGCUUGCGAACUGCAUUUUCACACGUCCUCCGCCGCAUUCUCCUCUGGGCAGCUCACAAUAGCAAGAAGAACUUACGCUUUCACCACAGUCUCCAGACGCCAUUGUGGUAACGUUGGGAAGUUCAGUAAUUUCCAAAAACAAUAGCCAACAACAGUGCACUCAAGGCACAAUAGCGACAAUUGAACCUC